AGAGACUGGAAUUUGGGAGAUCACUGGACCGGAGCAGGUGACUUGGUGCUUACCCCUCUUCUUUGCUUCUGCAGCAAGCAGUGAUGCCCGUUCCUGAUCCUACAAGUACAAGUACUCCAUCCAUAGUUAGCUUCCUGAUUCUCCUUCCUCUUCCCCUCACCUUAUCACUCACUCACUUUACUAUCGCCCCAACUGAAUCAAUCAUGGCCCUCCCUUCCAACGUCCACGUUUCGUCCCAUCCCCUCCUCCAAGCCAAGCUCUCACAGCUCCGGUCCGCAUCCACCUCGACCCGCGAGACCCGCAGUCUGGUGCACGAGAUAGCGACUAUCUUGGGCGUGGAGGCAUUUGCAGCAGGAUGGAAGGUGAAGAAAGCAGGAAUGGAUACCACCCCGUUAGGCACCGAAUACGUCACUCACGACAUUGAUCCUUCGGACAUUGCCUUGGUGCCUAUUCUCCGGUCCGGAUUGGGCAUGAUAGAGGCGAUGAACAACCUCCUCCCCACCUCCAUCCCUAUCUACCACCUCGGUCUCUUCCGCGAACGUCUCACCCUCCAACCCGUCGAAUACUACAACAACCUGCCCUUCCAGCCCGACAGCUCCAGCACUAACACCGCCGCCGCGGCCACGGCCAUUCUCCUUGAUCCGGUCAUUGCAACGGGUGCUACCGCUGAAGCAGCGAUUCAGUUACUUCGCGAAUGGGGUGUGCAGAGAGUCGUCAUGUUGAGUGUGUUGGGUUCGGAGGCGGGUGUGCUUCGCGCGGCGGGCACUUGGCCCGAGGGCGUCGAGGUGUGGACUGGAGCCGUGGAUGCCAGGUGUGAUGAGCGGGGGAUGAUUGUGCCGGGGUUGGGAGAUAUUGGGGAUCGGUUGUUUGUUGCGAUGGGGAAGUAGGUUGCAGUAUGCAGUAUGCAGUAUAGUAUACUAGUCUACUUACUAUAUGGUAUGGCAUGUAGUGAAAGAUAUGGAUAGAUAGAUAGCAGCAGAAUAGGUAGAUGUGGGUAAAUAGACAUGAUCACCACUUGAUUGAUUGA